AGCCAUUUUGGCUGCAGGAGCGAGGAGGAGGCCUCCUGCACGACCCACGCGCCGGCCCGCACACCGCGCGAGCCAUGGGCGGAAAGAAGAGCUACCAGAACUAUGGCAAGACGUUCCGUAAGCCGAAGCGCCCCUUCGAGAAGGAGCGCUUGGACUCGGAGAUGAAGAUCGUCGGCGAGUACGGCCUGAAGAACAAGCGAGAGGUGUGGCGCGUGCAGUACGCCCUGGCCAAGAUCCGUACCGCGGCGCGCCACCUGCUCACACUGGACGAGAAGAGCGAGCAGCGCAUGUUCCAGGGCGAGGCGCUGCUCCGCCGCAUGAUCCGCAUCGGCCUUCUGAUGGAGAGCGAGAAGAAGCUAGAUUACGUGCUGGGCCUCACCAGCGCGAAGAUCAUGGAGCGCCGCCUGCAGACCAAGGUCUUCAAGCUCGGCCUCGCGAAGUCGAUCCACCACGCGCGCGUGCUGAUCCGCCAGCGUCACAUCUCGAGGAGGAAAAAUUGCAUAAACACGCACUUUCGGAGCUUGCAUGCUCUUAUGCCGCCUUCUGUUCCUCGAGUAUCCGCGUCGGCAAGCAGAUCUGCAACAUCCCGUCCUUCCUGGUGCGCCUCGACAGCGAGAAGCACAUCGACUUCGCCCUCACCUCCCCGUUCGGCGGCGGCAGGCCCGGCCGCGUGCGCCGCAAGAUGAUGCAGAAAAAGGGUGGCGACAAGGACGGCGACGACGAGGAGGACUGAGAUGGCGCCGGGGGCUAGGAAGACAGGGCAGCGGCCGCUCGAGAUGGCUCCACGCUCCCAUCCUUUUUGCUCUCCUCUCGGGGGCUGCCAAGAGGAGGGUGGUGACCACGAGGGGAGGGAUAUCAUGGCCGCGGCCACUGAUAUCCCCCUGUGCUUCCUGUCCCCUCUCCUUCUCUCAGCA